GGUCAGGGUACUUGAUUCCACGCAAAAAAUCCGAGUUUUUUUUUUGUUUUGUUUGCUUUCUUAGUGAAAAUCGUGCCGGUGAAAGAAUCAAAUAACACCCUUGAUUCCACGUAAAAAAUACGCAGUUUUUUUUUCUUAGUGAACGCGUGCGGGUGUAUUUCUCAAAAUUUACCGAAUAUUCUACGUUAUUGAACGAAACAAACAUAUACUUAUUCGGCUCCCUAGCCUAGGACAUUCAGUCUGUAAUAGGGGCGCAUAAGAUGCAGGACAAUUUUUUUCAUACACUCAAAAAUUGAAAAGGAAAGCGCAUUUUUUAUAUGCCAGCAAAUAGUUAUAGAAAGAGAAAUCCUUUUACGAAAAUGCAGCUGAUAGAUAGCUACUUAAAACUACGGAAGUGUGUCUAAAUUUUGUCGCACUACAGUUAAUGUCUGUUCAUCCUUGUGUUAUUGUACCAAAUUUUGAGAAAAGACAGAAAGAAAACUAUUGAAUAAGCACUGUUUAUGCAGAUCGAACUAAUCGGCUCAGCAAACUUGUAUUUAUAUCGUCGAGCCCUAUAUUUCUGUUUAUGGUCAGAAUGUUAUGUAUCAAUUGUUGCGCUUGGCAGUAUUGACGAGUCUUCAGACACAGUGGCCGGAAGCACUCAUAUGAAAAUAUAACUGCUGUUUUAUUCUGAGAUUUAUGGUGACAUUGAGAUGGUAAUUGCUGAUCCAAGAUUUAUCAAGGACUUUGGCAUACUUUGAAGAAAGAAGACAGACAUUAUCAAAAAACUCAAUUAACUAUUCUUUAUGACCUUGAUUAGGUUUCUGUGAAGUUUAAAUUAUGGUUAUAAACAGAUAAUACAAUAUAGACUUGAUAACAUAAUAUCUAUCUUGGUUUACGUGUAAUUUCUUUUGUAUCUGAGUGUCUAUCGAAAACUAGGGUCAGUUUACUUGCUGGUUUUUAAUUCCAAGAAUGGACUCUAGGAAAAAACAAAAACUGUCCAAAUAAAAUAUCAUGAAACUGUUUCUUUAUGACUGAGACAUCAUCAGUCUUUAUCAGAUAUCACUUUUUAGUUCAAAAGAAAAUACAUUGCAACUUCAAUAUUUAUUAAGUGGAUUCAAGCACUUUAGUAUUCUCCAUGGAGGUAUUUGACAAUAACAGAAUAUUUUAGAAUAUUUGUGUAGUAAUUAUGGAGAAUAAACUGGGUGAGAGUCAGGCUUGUGAUCAAACAGAGGCUGAAUCCAGUGACAUAUCUUAUCAGACAUAUGAAGAUACAGAGAAGGUAUCAUAUUACUUUCAAAGUGAUAUGAAAACAUUCACACAAUCUGAUACCUUAUUUAAGCAAAAAUUGCUUCAUAAAAGCUCAAAGCUUAAAUAUUUAAAAAUUUAUAGUAAAACAAUUGCUAAAACCAGUUCUUUAUCUUUGCAUAAAAAUGUUCAGAAGGAUAAGAAAGUUUAUCAAUGCAUAAUCUGUGACAAAGCCUUUUCUGACAGCGGUAAUUUAACUAAGCAUAAACGUAUUCAUACAGGUGAAAAACCUUACCAGUGUGAUAUUUGUGGGAGAGCAUUCUCUCAGCAAGCUCAUUUGACUACACACAAAUAUUCUCACUCAGGUGAGAAACCAUAUUGCUGUGAUAUCUGUGGGAAAAGAUAUUCUCAAAGUCAUAAAUUAACUAUUCAUAAACGAACUCACACAGGAGAAAAACCAUAUCAAUGUGGUAUUUGUGCUAAAACAUUUUCUGGAAGUUCUUAUUUGAAUAGACACAUAUCCAUUCACACAAAUGAAAAGCCAUACAGCUGUGAUGUCUGUGGGAAAGCAUUUUCUCAAAGAGGUAACAUGAUUCAUCACAAACGUAUUCACACAAGUGAGAAACCAUAUCACUGUGAUAUCUGUGGAAAAACUUUCUCUGCUUGUCAAAGUUUAACUAUUCACAAACAGGUUCACACAGGAGAUAAACCAUUUUACUGUGAUAUUUGUGAGAAAACCUUCUUUGACAGAACUGGAUUGACUAGACACAUACGCACACACACUGGUGAGAAACCAUAUCACUGUGAUAUUUGUGAUAAAACAUUCUCUCAGAAUGCUCAUUUAACUCAACAUUCACGCAUUCAUACAGGUGAGAAACCAUACCACUGUGAUAUCUGUGGUAAAACAUUUUCUCAGAGCAGUCAUUUGACACUUCAUGUACGUGGUCACACAGGUGAGAGACCAUACAAUUGUGAUAUUUGUGGUAAAGCAUAUGUUGAUAAGCAGAGUUUAACACGUCACAGAUCUGUUCACACAGGCAACCCAUCCAGUGCCAUGUCUGUGAAGAAGCAUUUUCUAAAAGUGGUACUUUGAUCCCAAAGAAAGUCAAAUGAUAAAACAGUAGAAUUAUUUUAAAAGAAAUUGUAUAUAUAAUUACUUCGUAAUGGAAUUUCUGUGUGACAGUUAAUGUAAUGUUAUAAACAUUAUGCAAAAUAUUUGAAAGCCAUGUUUAUAUACUAUUGUUUUGUUAAUUGAAUUAUUAAAGAAUAUUUUGUAUUAUUAAAUAUCA